AUGGAUGGGCCUGCCGGUUGUGGUAAAACAUUUACUUACAAUUAUUUAAUUUCUGAAACACAGAGCAGGCAUAUUAGAACUGCAACAGCUGCAUGGACAGGAAUAGCUGCAACUCUUCUCAAAAAUGGGUGCACAAUGCAUGGCUUAUUCAAACUUCCUGUUCCAAUUUUGGAAACUAGCACAUGUAAUGUAACUCCAAACUCUAUUCAUGGUAGAUUCCUGAGACAAAUCAGUUUGUAUUUACUUGAUGAAGCAUCUAUGAUACCCAAAUAUGCUUUGAGUGCCAUUGAUAAGCUAUUACAAGAUAUUUGUAAUAACAACUUUCCUUUUGGUGGUAAGGUUAUUCUUAUGGGUGGAGACUUCAGACAAAUACUUCCAGUUGUGAAGCGAGGUCGACCAGCAGAAGUUAUAGAAUCAUGUUUAAAAUGUUCUGAACAUUGGCAAUAUGUGCAAAGGUUCUCAUUAACUGUAAAUAUGAGGGUUCAGAUAGAAGAAGAGGAAUUUUCUCAAUGGCUUUUAAAGCUUGGAAGUGGAACAUUACCUGUCAAGCCUAAAGAUCCUUUGCGAGGGUGCAUUGAAAUACCUGAGCAGUGCUUUCUCAGUGAUAAUGAAUCUAUUGUGGAGAAGAUUUUCGGUGGUGCAGAAGAAGCUGACUAUGCAAAACGUGCUAUUUUAACGCCAACAAAUGUUGAUUCAUUGGCAAUAAAUGAAGAAGUCCUUCAUCGUUUACCCGGUGAUGUGAAAACAUAUUUAAGUUCAGAUAGCAUUGAUACUGAUAAUCUUAAUGAAAUUAAUAACUUUCCAGUCGAGUUUUUAAAUAGUUUGACUCCAUCAGAUCUCAAAGGUGGACUUUGUAAUGGAACCCGUUUGAUGGUGCGUGCAUUACACAACAAUUAUAUUGAUGGUGAGGUUUUAACAGGUGUAUCAGCUGGUAACAGGGUAUUUGUUCCUCGAGUUCAAUUAGCUCCAUCAGAUGCAAAUUUACCUUUUACACUUAAACGCCGUCAGUUUCCAGUUAGGUUAGCAUACUCAAUGACCAUAAAUAAAAGUCAAGGUCAAACAUUUGAAAAAGUUGUUGAUAAACAUCCAUUACAAGGUAUGUCAUUUAACAAACAUUACACAAAUAAUGUUGCCUUUACAAAUGUUCUUAAUUUAUAA